CUCUCAUGGAGUACAAUUCUCCGCCUCUGAUCUGACACCUGCUCUGAGGUUUGUGUCUGCCGCGUUUUCGGGGGAUCGAACCAAAACGAGAACAGACAAAUGAGAGAAAUCUGCUUUUGUUCCUAUGAAGUUAAAUUCAGAGGCUUCUCUGGUUAACAAAACAGCUCGUCUGGGUCGGAUGUGUGCUGAAGGAAAAGUUGUACGCUGUAAGUUACAGUAUGGGUGAGUGAGCUCUUCCUGGAUGAACUCGCAGACGGAUGCUUUGUGGUCGGGUUCACGUCAUUCUUUCACUUCCUCCUCCUCUGUCUCUUCAUCCGUCACCCAGUCAACAAACGAUCUGACCUUCGAGAAAACGCAAACCAAGGCAGAACCCAGCAGAGAUCGCCGUCCACCUGUCUUCUCUUCCUCUGCUGCCUUGCUUUUGCCGGCGUCGCUUCAUCCCUGCAGUUUCCACCUGGUGGCAUCGGACCAGAUCAGUCAAUGUGGAGACUUCAGAAGCUCGAAGACGAAAUCUGGAGCUGAAGGAGAGUGACACGAGACGGACAACAGGAGACGCAAAGAGACGAAGAUGAUUCACUCAAAUCACUCCAUCCACUCUGUGUUCUGCUGCUGCUGCUGCGCUCUUCAGACCAGGGAGAUCAGCACCCACAUGGAGUUGGAGGGCAGGACCUCUUUGUGCUUCCCCAAAAGGCGAUACCCAGGGCAGCCCUGGCGGGUUGACAGGUCCAGGAAGAAACUUCCCCUUCCUCCGCCCGAGGGAGAGGAUGGCGAGGGAGACGGGCUGAUCAAUGUGGUCGCCAUGUACGACUUUACCGCCAAAGAAGAGUCUGACCUGACGCUCAAACAGGGGGAGGAGUACGUCAUCCUUCACAAGCAGGACCAGCUUUGGUGGAGGGCACAGGACAAACACGGGAAUAAAGGCUUUAUCCCCAGCAACUAUGUGACAGAAAAAGGCGGAAUCGAGGCAAAUCCAUGGUACUGCAAAAACAUAACCAGGACGGAAGCAGAGCGACUGCUGAAACAAGAGGACAAAGAAGGCAGUUUCAUCGUGCGAGAGUCCAGUCAAAAGGGGGUGUACACAGUGUCUGUUUACACUAAAACAUUGAGCUCCAAUGGAGAUGUUAGACAUUACCAGGUUAAAGUCAGUGACACCGGACAGUUCUACCUGGCUGAAAAGCAUACCUUCAACUCCAUACCAGACGUUAUACACUACCACGAGCACAAUGCAGCAGGCCUCGUUACGAGGUUACGAUAUGCUAUAGGACCUAUGGGAAGGUGUGCGCCGGCAACUGCAGGAUUCAGCUCAGAAAAGUGGGAGAUCAACCCAAGCGAGCUGACCUUCAUGAAGGAGCUGGGAUGUGGCCAGUUUGGGGUGGUGAGACUGGGGAAGUGGAGGGCUGAGCAAAGGGUGGCUAUAAAGGCCAUCAAGGAGGGAGCCAUGUACGAGGAGGACUUUGCUGAGGAAGCUAAAGUCAUGAUGAGGCUCUGCCACCCAAAGCUAGUGCAGCUGUAUGGGGUUUGCUUGAAGCAGAACCCUAUGCUGAUUGUGGCGGAGUUUAUGGAAAACGGCUGCCUUCUAAACUUCCUGCGUCAGAAAUCUGUGAGUCUGAGUGUGGAAAUGCUUCUGUCUAUGUGCCAGGAUGUCUGCGAAGGGAUGGAGUACCUAGAAGCACAUAGCUUCAUCCACAGAGACCUGGCAGCAAGAAACUGCCUGGUUAAUGAGCACAAUGUGGUUAAAGUCAGUGACUUUGGAAUGACCAGAUAUGUUCUAGACAACCAGUACACCAGUUCAAGUGGAGCUAAGUUCCCGGUGAAGUGGUCUCCCCCAGAAGUUCUUCACUACAGUAAAUACAGCAGCAAGUCCGACGUCUGGUCCUACGGUGUGGUGAUGUGGGAGAUCUUCUCGGAGGGUCGGACUCCAUUCGAGAACCGCUCCAACAUGGAGGUGGUGACCGACAUCACCAGAGGGAUUCGGCUGUACAGGCCGCACCGAGCCUCCAAACAGCUGUACACCAUCAUGUACCGCUGCUGGCACGAGACGGCUCAGGGUCGACCAUCCUUCUCAGAUCUCCUGGAGGACAUCAAAAAACUAGCAGAAAAAACAGAAUAACACAACCAUGAUUCAUUUGCUGUCUGUCAAACUGUUUUCCUUUCUUUUACAUUUUAAUUAUGUAAAUAAAUCUAUUUUUCUAUGAAAAAU